AUGGCGAGGGUAACAACUUUGACACGAUGUGAACUCAAGCGAGUCCUCGCUUCUGACUUUUUGCGACCGUCGGCCAAUUCAGUCAGAACUCGUGUCACAUCCGUCGGAUUAUCGCUUCCCCAACACCAGUCGGCCGCCAAUCAAAUCCGCGCCCUGGCCUCUGACACUAGAGUUCGAUCAGUUAUUUAUGUGCCAGAGAGGUCGAUGUAUAUAGGCUGGCGUCGAAAAAAAGCAAGAUUUAUGCCGUUUGUAAUAUUUUUUCGUUCAAGUUGAAGAGUUCCUUUGAAUGGGGGUACAGAUAACCGAUUCAAUCAUGAAGAAAAUGAAUAUACCACUAUUUCCCUAACGGGAAAUUAUUUCAAAAAAUGCCCUUGACGAUCUGAUUUUUUGAACUUUGUGUUGAAACUAGCCAAAAAGCAAAAAAAGCGUCUUUUCAAAAGCUUUCAAAAACUACAAGAUCUGUGAAUGGAUCUUUCAAAACUACAUUUCAUAUCUUAAAAGGACGUGACAAAAGAUUGACCUGAAAUCCAUUAAAACAAAAUUACGCCCACAUCCGGUUGAGAUAUGAAACUAGACAAAGAACAAUCCGCAAAAUUUGAAAUGAAAAAUGUGAAAAAUCUGAAGCAUUUGGCCGAAUUCUAGAGAUUUUAAAAGUUUUGGAGGUAAAAUAGUCGCGGAAAGGACAGCUCGAGUUCCCGCCAAAAGGGCGCUUUGCAGUAAAGUUGCUCUAUGGACAACACGCUUCGCCAUUUUUCAGAUUUUUGCUUUUAUCUUCGUUUCUUUCAAUUUUUAAUUUUUUCUUCUCUCGUCAAAGCUCUUCUCGCCACUUUCUUCUGAUGUAUGAAUUGCAAACUUUGAUCGCGAAAUGCUUCUUUUGUGAAAAAUAAUGAUUUUAUACAGCUUUCGCGUGGGAUAUCGAUAUUUUUUAUUAUCAUUGGGUGUUUUUUGUAUUCUUUCAGGAAAGAAACCCUCAAUUGAAACUGAUAUCCGGUUAUUUCUCACAAAAUGCGAGUCUAAUGAGACGUUCGCAACAUCGCGUGCACAGCUACUGUGAGCAGUUGUCCGUACAUCGAUCCAAUGCAUAUUUCAAAAUUAAAGGCGGGAAAGUAAAAUCGAGUUUUUCUCCAAAAGAAGUCACUUCUGUAAUUAUUUUGAAAACACCGCUCGAUUUGCAAAGAAAAACUAUAUAAGGUACUGUUUCCACCUGAAACCCCGUUUUUUACUGUUCCUAUUCCUUUAAAGAUGUGAAGAAAUAGGAAGCAGUUAAAAUUGGGAGUUUUCUUUGGAUUGUUAACCAUUUUCUCAUCUUAUCGACAAAAAAUGCUUGGACUUAUUUAAAUCUCUCAAGCCAGCUAAGAAUGGAAUAAAAGUCUGUGAAUAUUGAAAAAAGGUCCAAAAACUGUUCAGUUCGAAUGGAAACUUUCCUAAGUUCUUCAAAAAAAUUAAAAAAACUAUGAAAUAGUUUUCAAUCAUAUACUCAUCAUCGUUAUUUUCAUCCUUAAAUUCAAACUCGCGAUAAAAUCAUUGAAAACAGGUCUACUACUGACUUUCUUGUUUCAUUCAAAUCACUUGGCAAAGAUCAUUGAACGGAGCAGAAAAACCGGAUUCUGUUAUUUUAUCUCUGUUUCUUUGGUCCUUCAAAAAAUGGAAGAAAAGCUUUCAACAAGGAACUAAAUCUUACAAAGAUAAGAACUUUCCCCUGUCAAUCGAAAAUGGAGAUAAGAUGAAAAUAAGAUCAACAGGAGCAAAAAAGUCCAAAAUCUCUUUCAAAUGGGAACAGAGAGAAGAGAAAAAAGAAGUGAUGCGAUUGAAAAAAAAGAUGGAACGAAACGAAGAAGCUGCAUGGGUUACACAGCCGAUUGGAUUUCGAAUGAAUCCGACAACAAAUCUCACGACAAUAUUUGUUCGUGUCCCUCGCCCCAUGAACCUUAGUCAACAACUUUUAAGCUUCCAAACAAUUCUACAUGAACCAUUUUGUUUACUGGUAGGUUUGUCAACAAAUGGGUUGGAGUUGGAAAAACGUGUUUCGAAAAAGGUGACUCGAGUCAAAAAGAGAUGUGUGAGGCUCUACUUUGAAGUUUUUCUAGAGAAUUUUCAGGAUUUCAUGGGGAAAUUAGAUUCCUGAUUCUGACUGUUUCUAAUCAAGCUUUUUUUGUUUUUUUGAUUUUUUUGAAAAAUCCAUUCAGAUUUGAUAAAGAUCAUUUUAAACAAAGCUACUUAUAAAAUUGAGACAAUAUCCUUCUAUAUUCUUAAAUUUUUCUAAACUUUUUUUUGUUACAUUUUUUUUAAAGAACCCUUUCUGCUUUUAAAAAAACUGAAUUAAGGUGAUAAACAAGCGGAAAAAAAUUGAAAAAUUUUUUAAAAAAAUUGGAGUUUCGGAAAAAAAUCCUCGUUUUGAACUUUUCGGCAAUCUUUCUCGUAUAAAAUCCGCAUCUUUGAAUUAAACUGCCAUUAUAAACAGAAAAAAAUUUAUGAUAAUAAAAAUAUUUUUUUACUCGAUGAAGAAAAAAACUUGAGAGGCAACCUUUAAAAAAACAUUUUUGUCCAAUUUUUGGAUGAAUACUAAAAUUUUUUUAAUCAAACCGCUCACCUUCAACCUUGAACGUAAAUUUGAAGUUCAAAAUCAUAAAAAAAAACUUUUGGAACGGCCAAAGGGCAAAUGAAGCGGGAAGAUUGGAAGGUACAAUUUGGAAAGGAUCAAGGCGGCCACGGCUGCUGCGAACGACGGCAAUUGCUGGUAUUAUCCCAAGAUUUGUCAGAAAACGGCCAUCGAACGUCUUCUCGACUCUUCCACCAGAUGUCGGCCGGCAUGGAACGCAACUUUCCCAAAACUACCAACUUUUCUUGUAUACAGGUUUUUCUUUUAUUUUUUAUUAAAUCCGAAGCUAACUUCGUUAAAAAUUUUUCAAACUGGGGCGUUCUUAAAGGUUUUUUAUUGAGUUUAUAAAAUUGAAAGAUUGGACAUUGAGUACAACCAUCUAGAGUUUUCAAUGAACAAGAGGCAAAAAAAUCAAAAACUUAAUAGGAAGAGUUAUCGAAACAAAUGGAGGAGGUCCUUCAAUUCUCGUUAAUUUUGAAGCUUACUUUGAAGGGUUUUCUUUUAAAAAAGACGUAAAAGUUGAUUUUUUUUUUCUGAUGAUUUUUUUAGGAAUUACUUUUUGAGAUAUCAAGUCGUGAUUUUUAGCAACAAGAUAAUAUUGUGUAAGGCCACUAGGAAAAAGUCAUUAUAACAAGUAGAGAAGGCCAUUGGAAAAAUCUUCAAGGAUCGUAGGCCCAACAAUAGCGGCCAUAAAGGUAUAUAAUUCAAAAUGGUCUUUUGGCAUACAUUUUUUUGAAAGUAGUCCGAAUUUCUACAAACAAUGUAGAUGUUUUGAAUAGCUUUCCCAUAACUCAUUUAUAAAAAAAUAUAACCUUCUCGCUUAACUGAGACUCAAAUUGUGUAAACCAAAAAAAUGUGGAUCACUUCUAGAGAAGUUAUGCCCAACAAAAUCAUUUUUAAAUACCUUUAUGACUAGUAAGUGAAAGAAAUCGUUUUCAAUAAUUAAAAGGGGUUCAAAAUUUUCUUAAGAUCUUCCUUGAAACAGUAAAAGGCAACUAAUUUUCGAAAAACAGAUAAUCUCCCCUUGUCCUUCACCCUCCCCGUCGGAAUACGAGAAACAGCCGUGUUUCCUCUCGACCUCCGAGUUCGAUCCAGUACUUUAUCGAGAGGAACUUCUGAGACGAGCUUAUUUGGCACGCUUUCCAUUGGACAGGUAUAAAUGCUAAUAUUAGCUUUUUCAAUAGCAUCCCGUUUAGACGCUUAAAAGUUUAAAAAAGUGUUCAAUGAGUUUAGAAACUCGCUUAAGCCUGGCCAUGGUUUUAAAAAAAAAACAAGUUUAAAUAACGUAUUGAUUCUCAAGGUAUUUUAUAUAAAUCUGAUAGAAAACGCAAGCAAGAAGCUGAUAGUACGACAAUAAUAGUAAAACAUCAACAACCGGGAAAUUUAGAAGUCAAAGACCUGAUUAUUUUAUCGCGAUCGGUGAUAAGACCAAGCCAAGCUCUACAGUGACAAUUGGUGAGUUUUGAUACGAUUAGUCAAAAACGUUUCUUGUGGUUUCUAGAUCGUGAAAAAUGUCUUCAAAACCAUUUCUUCAGAAAAAUGGGAUUUCUAUUCGAAAAUGUUGAAGGAAAAAAGCUGAAAGAUAUUUUGAGUUCGCAAAAAGUUGCUCGAAAUUUGCAGUCCUUUAGAAAGCGUUUUCCAACAGUCUUUGAAGAAUAAGAACAGGAGAAAUACUCCACUUCAUGACGAAGUUUACGGUCAGCCGAUUCAGAAGUCAAAGGACCCAAGGGCGACAGGAAAAAGAGCGCGCCGACCCAAGUGCCAACGGCUUUUUUGGCCCUUUCCUGCGCCAUUGCCUUCGUUUUUGUACUCAUGUUAUUUGUAUACUUCACUGGUUUUGUUCGUUUUUAAAUCCGUUCAGCACAAUUGUUCAUUUCGGAAAAACAUCUCAACUUCUGCCGAAAAAUGGCUAG